CAACUACGUAUUACAUAUACGUUAUACUCAAUAAAAGAUAUUCCACUUUUUGUAAAGAUUGUGAUUGUGAAUAGAUCACGCAAUUCUUUGCACACUUCCGCUUUGUGUGUAGCGUAAUAUCGGUUAUCAUAUUUAUUAUUUUCCAAAAGAUGGGUGAACAUACAGGAUUAACAAAUUGUGAAGCACGUGAACUUUGUAAGAAGGCUGAUCCAGCAACAAAUGGUUACAUAAUGCAACAAACAAUGUAUCGUAUUAAAGAUCCACGAAAAUCAUUACCUUUCUAUACUGAAGUACUUGGUAUGCAGUUAUUACAGAAACUUGAUUUUCCCGAAAUGAAGUUUUCCUUAUAUUUCUUGGGAUAUGAAGAUCCAAAAGAUAUACCUACUGAUAAGAGAGAAAGUAUUGAAUGGACAUUUAGUCGUAAAGCAACUUUAGAACUUACUCAUAAUUGGGGAACAGAAACUGAUCCUGAUCCUACAUAUCAUAAUGGGAAUACUGAACCUCGUGGAUUUGGUCAUAUUGGAAUUACAGUACCUGAUGUAGAAAAAGCAUGUGAAAGAUUUGAAAAAUUAAAUGUAGAAUUUAUAAAGAAACCUAAUGAUGGUAAGAUGAAAGGAAUUGCUUUUAUUAAAGAUCCAGAUGGUUAUUGGAUUGAAAUCUUAAAUCCAGUAAAUAUUGCAAAUAUAGUACCAAUUCAAUAAAAUAUUUUGCAUGAAAUAAUUUUUUUGACUAUCCACAAAUGUAUAAAUUCCAUCAAACAAAAUAAUCUGAACUAAACUAAAUCAUCAUUGUUUAUGUAUAUGUAUAUAUAUAUACAGUUUUAUAUGUACAUAUACAUUUUAAGAUUGUAAUUAUUCAUAUUUAUGUAUAUUU